GCGCAAGCUCCACUCUCGCGCAGAGGACAUGGGCAAGCGCAGCUUCGAAGAAGCCUCCAUCCUUUCUACGGGCGUACAGAAUUACGAAGCUCGCUUUGGCAAACGACUCCGCGGCAACGACUUCGGAGACACUCCGCCGACCUCCCACUGGCGCUGUAAUCUGACGGCCCUCUCGCAGCGCCAGAACCUCUACUUCAUCGCAUACAGUACCGACAUCUACGUCUACGUGCCACAGUAUCCUACCCAAGCAUUGCCGCAGAAGCCUGCACUGAUCGUACCCUCGCAGCCAUCCAGUCCGGGGCUGCGAGGCACCGUCGACCUCCGACAACCGCACUCGAUCAACUACCUCGUCGUACAGCGUCUCGGCAACGAGGAGGUCGUCGCUGCUGUGCGCGACGAUGGCGACGUCAAUGCGUUCCUUGUCCGACACAUCAUAUCUGCCAUCGAGAGACGCGCGGUAGCCGACAGCAAGAUUGGUCCUAUCGCCGAUGAGAUCAAGCCCUUCUUUCACAGCAAUGUCGGAUUGAGUGCAUGGGGUCUGGCCAUUCAUUCGCAGGCGAGAAUCAUCGCCGUGAGCGCCAAUACGCACAACAUCACCAUCUUCAAGUUCGGCUUGGCACGCGAGACUGACGACGAAGACACAGCUUCCGAUGACGACGGCCCGCAUGUCACAGAGGACAGAGACGAUGUGACUGUAGAAAUCAUUAAUGGCUCUACCAAUAUCCCUCACGUUGCAUUCUGCAACACGGGAGACGACCCUACAGCACGAUGGCUGCUAACAACAGAUAUCGGUGGCAACUGUCGCUCAUUGGAUUUGCAUCUUAUGCAACCCGAUCAGACGUUCCGUUUUUCAUCCCUCUCGAGUUACCUGUCCCACGAUCGUUUGAACAGUGGUUGGGGAAUCAGCUUCCUGGACAAGAGGUCUUUCAUACCCGAGGAUAGCGUAGAUGCAGCGCUUGGCCUUGAGGACGGCGACCGAUUACCGGGCGUGCAGAGCAACCCGGGCAUCUGGGACAUUGGCCAGACAGUUUCAUAUGUUCCGCGCUCCGCGGACAAGUUCUCUGCGAGCAGGAGGAACGCUCGCCAAGACGGCGGAAGACGUGCCACAUCCAGUGCGACACUGGAUAAUACGUCGCAUUCUGCACGGCAACCUGCGAGCUCACCCUUGCCUUCGGACGAGGAUGCAAGUAUGGUCAUGGAGAGCGAUGAAACUGACGAGGAGCUCGAAGACGACUCGGAUUCUGGUGAAUCCGCGUACAUGGCGGACGCUUAUUCUGAUGACGAAGGCACAGAAGACUCGCUAUCGUUUCGGAGCUUGUACGAUGGUCGCAGAAUCCACGGCAACGAACCUCGAACAGCAUAUACGGAAAAGAGCAUUUGUAACGGCCUGCCAUGUCCCAUCUUGCAUUGCAGCGUACGCAGUGUGUACCUUUUGCAACCACAGCCAAAGAAAAAGUCAAACGGAGCACUCGAAACGCCCAUGGUCGGCUUUACCGAUGCACUGCACCAAUUUGUGCAGGGUGAGCAUGGCUGGUUGAAUGCGUUUGAGCGGCUGAACUUGCAUUGCUACAUUCCAGCCAUUGGUGUAGUCGUCCUGGCCUCGCAAAAGGGUCGAGCCAUGGUCCUAUCGCUGACUAAGGUUUCCAAACGUGCGCAGUAUCCUGAAGAGAUGAAGAAUGGCCACGUUGAAAAGAAGACAAAUUAUGCCAUGCGCAUUGAGCAUAUCUUGCCGUUUGAUUCGCAGGAGGAGGCACUCGAACGCCCCUUUCAGCCACUGCAUGGCAUUGCGGCCUCGCCCAUUCAGCAGGGCACCGCGCGGUUGCUGGACGACCAAAGACGAUGGCGGCUCAUGCUGAUGUAUGCUGAUCAUUCAAUUCUCAGUUACGAGAUCAGCAGACGAGCCUCGCGAGACUCCGCAGUCGAUGUUGGAAGCGUAGUUGUAUGAGAGCGACAGAAUUGCUCUAGUGGAUCAUUGGCUCAGCAGUCCAACAUGCUGUAAGAUAUGCAUGAAUCGAAUUAAUAUCG